GUAGUGGCGCAGGAAGAGGUGGAGAGUUUGGGCUGAGGCUGAGAGAGAGGGAAGAAGAGGGGUGAGCUGAGGAGGGCGAAGGAAGGAGAGUGGCCGAGUGUGGGUGAGAGUGAGGAGGCGGUGGGUGAGGGCACGGACUGGAGAGAGGAGGGUGCCCCGGGGCAGGAGACGGACGGAAGCCGGGAGGCUAAGGAGCUGAGUGCUGCUGCAGCAGCUGUGUGAGCAGAAGGAGAAGAAGAUGGCGGACGGGGAUAGCGGGAGUGAGAGAGGGGGCAGCAGCAGCGGAGGCCCCGGCGGCUUUUCCCAGCAUAUGUCCCGGGAGCAGGAGACCCAAGAGCUCGCCUCUAAGCGGCUGGAUAUCCAGAACAAGCGCUUCUACCUGGAUGUAAAGCAGAAUGCCAAGGGCCGCUUUAUCAAGAUCGCAGAGGUCGGAGCUGGGGGCUCCAAAAGCCGCCUGACACUCUCAAUGGCGGUGGCGGCGGAGUUCCGCGACUACCUCGGGGACUUUAUUGAGCACUACGCCCAGCUGGGGCCCAGCAGCCCGGAGCAGAUCGCGCAAUCCUCUGGGGAGGACGGGGCUGGAGGGCCGGGCGGGCCUCGGCGCGCCCUCAAAAGCGAAUUCCUGGUGCGGGAGAACCGCAAGUAUUACCUGGAUCUGAAGGAGAACCAGCGGGGCCGCUUCCUGCGCAUCCGUCAGACUAUCAACCGGGGCCCCGGCUUCAGCGGCGGAGCGGGCGGGGGGGCCGGCCUGCAAAGCGGCCAGACUAUCGCCCUGCCGGCCCAAGGCCUCAUCGAGUUCCGCGACGCCCUGGCUAAACUCAUCGAUGAUUAUGGCGGAGAGGAUGAUGAGGGCGUGGGGCUCGGCCCCGGCGGAGCGGGAGGAGGAGCCGGCGGGAUGUACGGAGAGCUGCCGGAGGGCACGUCCAUCACUGUGGACUCGAAACGCUUCUUCUUCGAUGUGGGAUGCAACAAGUACGGCGUGUUCCUGCGGGUCAGCGAGGUGAAGCCCAGCUACCGCAACUCCAUCACUGUGCCCCUCAAGGCCUGGGGCAAGUUCGGGGGAGCCUUCUGCCGGUACGCCGAGGAGAUGAAGGAGAUCCAGGACAGGCAGCGGGACAAGAUGUACGAUAGGAGGGGGCCCGGAGAGAGAGGGGGCGGCCUGGGCCCCGGGGGCGGCGGCGGCGAUGAUUCCGAGACAGAGGAUGUGGAUGACGAUUGAAGAUGAGAUAAAGGAGGCAGUGGAGAAGGGGGGAGAGAGGGAUUGGGGUGAUGGGGGGGUAGCUCAGUAAUCCACACACAUAAUCAUAGCAAGCAUAGUAGCACAGAAAGGGGGGGGGGGGGGGGUAUGGGGCCAGGGGGCCCUCAACCUGGGGCAACUGUUAAACCAUCAUGCUGGGAGUUUUACUUAAUGGCGCUCUGAGUGCCCAGCAUCCGCUAACUAAAGGGAGAUGCCAACACUGCAAAUCAGCUGAAAGGCACCUUGUACAGGGGCUCACCAUUCACUAACACUCUGCCACUGCUGCUGGCCUCUUUAACAGUUGUGGGGGGGUGUUUAACCUGAAUUGGGGAUUCUGGGAGCAGAGCAGCUUCUUAGAUCCAGAUUGGACAUCCCACUCAGGUUUAAGACCCCUCAAGUUAACCGGUUCCAAACAGAAAUGUAAAAAAAAACUUAUCUAAUUUCCUUAGCUGAGGGAUUGGCCCAGGGCCCCUCACAUAGUACACGGAAUGCAAACAUGUUAGGGACGUAUUUUCUGUUACUAUACCUGUGCAUCAGAAAGGAAACAAGCAGUACUUCAAAAAUUGCUCUAAUCUCCCUAUUUUAAAGGAAAAGCUAGAUCCCAAAGCAGUGAACUGCUCACAACGCUGGCUUUGUUUCACAACCUUUGAGUAACUGCAAUUUUUACUGUUUCAGAUAUCAAGGGGCAGAUUUGCCCUUGAGUUAGCUCUGGGCAUCAUUCAAAGAAAGUCAUCCUACAACGCACGCGAGUCGUUUCUAAGGUCUGCAAUGGGGAUGAUGCCCAGAGUUACUCGUAUAGUGGGACAACACUAGCCACUGAGUGGGCUGCUGGGGCGCUGAAUGUAUGGCAGCUAUGCCAAGGAUUGCGGUGGAAUUAUUAAAACCUGACAGUGGCCCACUCAGAAAAAAGUUUCUUCUAAAAAGGAUAAUCUACCAAAGCAGCUUUGUCAUCAGUAUCCUCUGACCUUCCCUAUGAUUCUAUUGCGAUAAAUGAAUCGGUACAUGAGUUGCCCGCAUUGUAUUGGUAAGCACAGACCCGAGUGCUUAAGUAAUAUGAUUCUGGCUUCUCCUGUGCUGAGCUCACAACGCAGCUUCACCAUUGAGAUAUGCAAGAUAAACCCGAUAUUUCUUUUCUGUUCCCUUCUGCAGAUGUUAGAGACAGACAACGUGCAUCCAAGUUAGUGUUACUGUAAGCACAUACAGCUUUUAGUUCACAACCAAAAUAUCUAUGUAACACAAGCAGGGAGCAAUUUAGUGACUAGGCCUUUUGCACACAUCAGAAGAGAUCAUAGGUCUGUAGGAUACAGUUUUACAAAUGAGGGGAAAUGGGUAGGUGUCUUACUCCUUUCUCCCCUGUCUCCCUUAACCACCACUACCACCACCUUCAGUUUUAUUCUGUUUUCAGGGGGGCUUGCAAUGAUGCCCCCGGGAAAAGACAGCCGUUCGGUUCAUCUGACUCUGCAAUUGCAUAAAAGACCACCAUUCCUAAAGCACAAGGAAGCCGUUUGGAUUGCUUGCUAAUUGCUUUACCAACAGCAGAGUAUCUCGUAACAGAACCAGCUACCAUUCCUACAGGACAGAACUGUGUUCCAGCCAAUAAUGGAUUAUUUCUGACUGCCGUAAGUCACCUUUAUUUUAAUACCAGCACUAACACAAGUCAAAAUAAAUGCUCUUCAGACAAGAGGAUAUCAUAAAACACAAAAUGCGGAAAUUGUUCAUCCUGAAUCUGUGAAAGAACAUCUCCAGUAAAAGUUUCUACAAGUUCAGGCUCAUGCUAACAGACACAUUAAAAUAAGACAAAAAACAAAAGUAUAAGCUCAGGUCCAUAAUUAUUCUCUUACCAGGCUUUUUAUUGAAAAAAUAAAUAAAUAAAAGACCUGCAUGAAAUUCAGUACCUCGGAGGAUGAAGGUGCCUCUAAACUGCUCCCAGCAAAUGCUGAGAAGAAACUUGGUUGUGUUGGAAAACCCAAAGCAGUACUAUUGUACAAGAACAGUGAGGGAGGGGAGAGUCGGCUUCCAUCUGGGCACUCUGUUAGCAAACACAAAUGAAUGGAUGGACUGACUGCCCUCUGGCCUCCUUCCGCCACACAGAUAUAGGGGGCUCCUGUAAUCCACUCUCCACUUGUACUUUUAUCAUGAAUUGUCUACAGAUGGUUUUAACUAUACUGAAUCGCUCCCUUGCUUAUACACUUAAAAAAAAAAAAAAAGUUGUCUUUUGGGCAUAGAGGUGCAGGACUCUUAAGGAGCCGCCUCUGUCUCAAAAGAGUUUAAAUGAAAUUAUAGUAUUUUUCUUUAUGCCUAUAUUUAUAUGUAUUUUCGUUUUAAACCAGAUUAUCCUAAAAAAAAUCCAUUACUAGUUUUUAAUAAAGGUAUGCAAUUAUUGCAACACGCAUUACUGAUGUCCUUGCAGUAAGGGCAUGCCACGGAACGCAGUACCUUCUUUAUGAGGAAGCGUAGCGCGUCUGUAACAUGGAGCCAAGCUGGUCUCCUCAUUCGUUUCUAAUAGCCAGAAGGUUUCUUCACAUGAGCUGCCUUUAUAUAGUGUCGCACCACUUUGUCUAAAUUCUGUAGGCCUUUUAAUUUAUUAUCUGACAUACUGAAUCCUUUGACUGAAAGAUGGGCCUGCAAUGCAUGGUUUGCAGUAUAUUCUGGGGGCCCUCUGGUUGAAAAAAGGAAACGGGGGUUAUUGAUUUUGGGGUGGGAUAUUUUUGUUUUGAAAAGCAUGUCACAAAUCGUGUGGUUCUGUGCAGGGCAAUGUGUUGCAGGCUGCUGUGGAAAUAGAUGAUUUAAGGGCAAGUAUAUUUGCUGCUGUUUUUAAUUCCAGCCACAUCCAAGUUAAUCCCCAAGUUAUAUUUUUAGUUAUCUAGAUGUUUUUUUUUUUUUUAAUUGUAUGGGAGCAAUAGUAUUUCUUGAUGUUUUAAUCACAUCAGUAUAUUGUACUGUAUUUUUGUACCUGCAAGGCAGCUGUUUAAGUGUCCUGCUGUAUCAACCUUGUGUCUCCCUCUGCUUUUCUUUGUGGCAGUUGUUUGAAUGCCUGCAUUAGCCAUUGGAUAGCAAACUUCCGCUAACGCAUCCUUCCACUUCUGUGUCACGUGCACAGAGAAUCCAGCAGCGCCAUGUCCUGCUCUCUUCACUGAUACACAUGCAUCUGAAAUAGGGCCAAUUGGGCAUAGGUUUUGUUUAUUCUGUGCAGUGUUCUGCCAGUAGAUAAGUGGAUUCUCCGAACCUCUUUACUAUGGAGGUUGCAGGUUGCUGAGGCACAACAUGGCUUGCCAUCAGAUAUAUAAGCUAAAAUGAGAGUCCUGACAAGUAUUUAAAAGUGGGAGCAGAACUUAUAUCCCUCUUCCACUUUACCUUUCAGGCCAUGUUGCUUAGCAAACUGAAUUGUUUUUUUUCCCCCUCUUCAUGUUUGUACAUAGGAAUUCAUGUAACUUAUGGCUGACAGACUGACACCCGCAGCAGAUACCUGAAAUAUAAAACCAGGCAAUUUCAACCAAAUUCCACUGUGACAUAUCCUAUUCUCCAAUUCUAAACUCUUCUCAGAUUACCUAAGCAACCAGUGAAAGUUCAAGCUGAAUUAGCACUAAUGGAAAGUAAAUACCAGCUCUGAGAUAUGUGGGUAGAUAUGUGGCAAGUUCAAGCCACAACUGGAAGGAAAAGUAUAACUAUAAUGCUGCAGAGCUCUGUAAGGUUGGAAGUGUGCUGUUUCUGGUAGAUGCUUCAUUCUCAAGUUAUUCCAUUAUAAGCAUGGUUUGUUUGCAGCAUGAACCUUGGCUGGUCACUCUGUUCUGAGAAGCGGUACAGUGAGAAACUAGUGCUGUCUUUUAGGGGCACGAAUGGCUAAAUAAAACCUCCUGCAGAGAGGGCAACCGUGUUUAACUCUACCAUAACAGGCAAUACAGCUUCAUUGGGGCAGCAACAGAAUGCUAGUAUAAGGCAAAAGGUGCUAGUUAUGCGAUACUGCCAUGGAAAUCCUUAAUGAAGGGAUUAUAAAUGAACAAGCAAAUAUAUAUCUAUAUGGGGGGUUGGAAAGAAAAUGUUUUUUUGGCUAGACAGGUGAUCAUAAGGCAAGGAAUAGCCUAUUCUUAAAUAUUUCUAAUGUUUAACUAAACGGUUUCCCAGGCAGCUGCAGUAUCGGUUGCACAGAAAUGACAUGCAAGUUUUAAACUAUAAAUGUUUUUUGUUUUUUUUUUUUUAAAUCUAUCCGUACAUGAAUAUAAAGAGGUGAUGAGAGGUAUCUAAGUGGUUAAUAGUGUAUUAUCCUUUUUGCAACAAGCUUGUGUGGGUAUGUCUGAUACAAUCCUUUAGGAGUGACAAGAACUCCCACGGCCAUUACCCCCACCGUGUAAGAGUCUCAGCUGCAUUUAGGGCCUUGCUUAUUGUGAUAAUAUAUUGCAUCCUCCUUUGUUAAAGAGUAUGUUUCAACCAAAGUGCUUAGUUCUAUCCCAAACUGCUUCUUACACAUUUUCCUGCAGUUAACAAAUACUCCCAUGUGUUAUUAUUUUUGCGCUAGUGAUGCAUUGGCAGACCUAAACCCCACACAUAAGGUAGAUAGAUAUCUAGGUAUUGCUUCUCUCCAUCUUGUCAUUGGAGAAUGUUUGUCACUUCCUGCCCUUUGCUACCAGGGAGCUAUCCCAAUAAAUCUGAUGGAAAUCUGUCUGGCAUCCAUUGGUAAGGGCAUAUAGGAUGUUAUUUCAUUUUUAUAGGAUCAUUUUCUUCUUCCUUGUCAUAUGGUCACCUACUUGUAGAAAAGGUGUAGAGCAAGGGGUGACUUGAAUUUUUUAAAUUCUUACCAAGUAAGUGAAGGGAAGUCAUAUUUUUUAACAAAACUGUUAAAUGCACAGUACAGCUCCUUAAACGGCAGUUAAAGUGGAAGGAGUCUCCUCUAGCUUACUUUGGUGUAUCUACUACAUGCUAUUGUGUAGUAUUGCUAACGGCAGAGUUAUACAGAGCCGGUUCUCGGAACCUCCUGCACCACUUCUAGGGUGGGGGUGUUACAUUUAGUGGUGAUUAAUAACGGGAUUAUUCCCUCACCACCUCCCAAGAAUAAUCUGAUAACUUCCAGAGAGGACCUUCUGUAGAAGACUGGUUUCAAAAGGCUUACUGUCUUCAAUAUUCUGGUCCCAACUCGGGAGUUGUGGUUUAAAUGCCUUGGCAGAAAUGAUUCUGGUUCCCAACUUCAUCUGAUCAAAAGGUUAACAUCUUAUCCCAUUUGUGCCCAUUCAUAUUUUAUUUCUUUAUACUCCACUUUGACAUACAACAAAGUAUUUUUGAUGUCUGAAGACAUGGUGUUUGGUUGAAAACAAUCCUUGUAUAUAUAUAAUGGCCUUAAUAAAUGCAGCGUCAGAACUCUCCAUGCAUUAUCACCACAGAGACACUAGUGGUGGGCCGAGGUCAAGCUUCUUGCUGGAAGGCAUGGCAGUAAAAUCUGCAUUUCUUGCCUAUUUUUUUCAGACUUGAAGUUCCAUGUAGAACGGGUAUUGGGCACACAAGUAGUUCAUAGGAAAGCACAGUUUAACGAUCAAGCCCAUUGCACUACCAAGCUUUGGAUCAUAGGAAGACAAUAUCUGCUCAGUAAGCAAGAUCACAUGUGGUUUGGGAUGGCAGUUUGAGCACAUUACGCUUGGUUCUGUUUAACAAAAAAAUAAAAAUAAAUAACAUUUCUGCUGUAGGCAUUAAAUCAACAUAGCCUUCAAAGUCAUUUAGCUGACAAAUAGAGAAUUAUAUCAAGAAAUAUAUAUUUGUUUCUGUUAAAAGCACUUUAAAUGGUAAAAUGCCAGCUUAACCAGCUGCUCCCUUGACAUCUACCAGAGGAAUAUAUCCUUCAGUUUAUCACUUGAGAUAAUAUGAUUAUUAGUUGUUCCCUGCUCCUUCCAUUUCUGACUGCUGAUGCUAGCUCCUAGUUCAGUUUUUUUUUUUCCAUCCAAGAUAGCCAGGCCAAAAUUCUUGAUAGAAAUCAGGGGUCAGCAACCUGCCGAGUUUUACUUCUCACAUAGAGGGAUAUCUGCAAUAUUUUAGAUACGGAAGUUUUGAUGAUUUUUGGUCAUGCCGUUGGGCUGUAUGGCAGGUGUUGACCCCUGGUAUGAAAAAAAAGCAUUUCUAAGAAUUUAUUGGUUAUUAUAAAAAUUCUCUGGCUGAAAUCUCCCUCCAGAACUGGAGAGCUUUGUUCUGUCCCCUGCUGAGUCUCGCCAACAAAGAUGUUCCGAAGCCAAACAAGGUGUUGCUGGUUUUUAUAACAGCAGGUCUUGGAAUGACCACUAUCUUCCCAGCAGGGGGGGGGGGGGGGGAGACCAACGAAGAACACAGUAAAACUGUUCCAGCUCAUGCUAGUCAGCACUCCUUACAAUAACAGAUUUUUGCAAAUUGAGUUUUACAAUCUAUAUAUUUAAAAGAAUUGUAUGUUUGUAACAAAUAAAGUAUGCGGAAAAGUGAAUGAAACUA